AUGGCGGACAUUGUUAUCCAUUCCCCCCACCAUCCUACCAAAGCGGCUCGCCUGGACACUGCCUCGAAUGUCAUUUUGAUUGAUAAUUAUGAUUCAUUCACCUGGAACGUUUACCAAUAUCUGGUCCUUGAGGGUGCCACAGUCACGGUCAUUCGCAACGAUGAGAUUACGAUAGAGGAGCUGGCCGCUAAGAACCCCACCCAAUUGGUUGUCAGUCCUGGUCCCGGUCACCCCGAAACCGAUGCUGGAAUCAGUAAUGAUGCCAUUCAAUACUUUAAGGGGAAGAUUCCAAUCUUUGGUGUUUGCAUGGGCCAGCAAUGCAUUAUCAAUUCCUUUGGUGGCAAAGUGGAUGUCACGGGAGAGAUUCUGCAUGGAAAGACCUCGGUCCUGAAGCACGAUGGAAAGGGUGUUUACCAAGGACUACCUACUGCCUUCUCUAUUACUCGAUACCACUCCCUUGCCGGUACCAACUCCACUGUUCCGGAUGCCUUGGAAGUGACUUCAUGGGCAGAACUCGAGAAUGGCACCGGUAAUGUUAUCAUGGGAGUACGACACAAGGAGUUUACAGUGGAGGGAGUGCAGUUCCACCCUGAAAGUAUCUUGACUGAAUAUGGCCGGGCCAUGUUUGGUAACUUCCUGAGGCUCACUUCGGGCACUUGGGAUGACUCUAAGCAAGCCAAGCCUGCUGCCCCGGUUGAGAAGAAGCUGUCGAUCUUGGACAAGAUUUACGCCCACCGCAGGAAUGCUGUUGCUGAGCAGAAGAAGAUUCCCGCGCUGCGGCCAGAGGCCCUUCAGGCUGCCUAUGACUUGAACAUUGCUCCUCCUCAAAUUUCAUUCCCCGCCCGAUUAAGGCAGUCCGACUACCCCCUGUCACUGAUGGCAGAGAUCAAGCGAGCUUCUCCUUCAAAGGGCAUGAUUUCGGCCGACGUGUGUGCACCGGCUCAGGCUCGGGAGUAUGCCAAAGCUGGUGCCAGUGUUAUCUCGGUGCUGACCGAGCCUGAGUGGUUCAAGGGCACCAUUGACGAUCUACGAGCUGUGCGCCAAAGUUUGGAGGGUCUUACCAAUCGACCGGCUAUCCUGCGAAAGGAAUUCGUUUUUGAUGAAUAUCAGAUCCUGGAGGCUCGGUUGGCUGGUGCUGAUACCGUCUUGCUGAUUGUGAAGAUGCUCAGCGUAGAGCUUCUCACACGGCUGUACCGUUACUCUCAGAGCCUUGGGAUGGAGCCUCUGGUUGAAGUUAACACCCCCGAGGAGAUGAAGAUUGCGGUCGAAUUGGGAUCCCAGGUUAUCGGAGUCAACAACAGGGAUUUGACAAGCUUCAAGGUUGAUCUUGCCACCACCAGCCGUCUUAUGGACCAAGUACCAGAGACUACCAUUGUGUGCGCUUUGAGUGGAAUCACGGGCCCCAAGGACGUUGAGGCUUACCAGAAGGAUGGUGUCAAGGCUAUUCUUGUGGGAGAGGCCCUGAUGCGGGCAUCGGAUACCUCUGCCUUCGUGGCACAGCUUUUGGGAGCCUCAUCUGCGAAGGCUGCAUCAUCCAGUCCACCUCUAGUCAAGAUCUGCGGCACUAGGUCCGCGGAAGCUGCACAAGCUGCCAUUGAGGCCGGUGCUGAUUUGAUUGGCAUCAUUCAAGUUCCGGGCCGCUCAAGGACCGUUUCUGACGAUGUCGCUCUUCAAAUCUCUCAUGUGGUCAAGUCAACACCACGCCCCAGUGUCCAAUCACCCGACGCUGCGCAACAAAUAUCAAACGCAACCGCAUUGGAGUGGUUUGAUCACUCUACCGCUGUUCUGCGUAAUCCCUCUCGAGCAUUGUUGGUGGGUGUGUUCAUGAACCAACCACUGUCAUACGUCCUUGCUCAACAACAAAAGUUGAGUCUUGACGUCGUGCAGCUCCACGGCUCUGAGCCACUAGAAUGGGCUAGCUUGAUUCCCGUGCCAGUCAUUCGCAAAUUUGCCCCAGGAGAUAUUGGGAUUAGCCGCCGUGCCUUCCACAAUCUUCCUUUGCUUGAUUCAGGCGCAGGAGGAUCCGGGCAGCUUCUGGAUGGGGCCAAUGUCCAGAAGACCCUUGAUAGUGAUGAAGGGUUGCGGGUUAUUUUGGCCGGAGGAUUGACCUCAGAGAACGUCGUUGACGCUGUCAAGAACCUUGGCAAGUCAGGACUGAAAGUGGUAGGCUUGGAUACUAGCUCCGGAGUGGAAACAAACGGUGCUCAAGAUCUGGACAAAAUCCGUGCAUUUGUGAAGGCUGCCAAAAGUGUUCGUCAGUAA